AUGGGUAAUGGAACUAGUAGCUCCAUCGCUAUAAAUCUUGAUCGGAGUAAUGAAUUCUAUUUCACUAAUGAAAUCAUUUCCGGAACAGUCGAAUUAACAAUUAUGGAAGGUCGUAUCGAAGUUGAAGAAAUCUUCAUGAAACUAACGGGCGAACUUAGUUAUACAUCAGCAGCAGCAGCGGGUCGCAGCAACAAAGUUCAUUCAACAACUCAAACUGAUUAUCAUCACAUACCAUUCUUUUCCCGAAAAACAAUUUUUGCUCAACCUAAACCUGGACAAAGAUUUGUGUAUGGUCAAGGCAGACAUUCAUGGCCAUUUCAAAUCUCCCUGGACGAGCAUUUGCCGCCAACAAUGAAUCAACCACAAUUGUAUCCUCAUGUUCGAUAUUAUUUACAAGUUGUUAUCGAUAAAUCUUGGUAUAAACCGAACACGAAAGAACGAAAGAUUGUCGCCGUGUAUCCGCAUGUUAAUCUCUCAGACAAUCCGCAAUGUUUACAACUUACGACAUUCGGGAAUCAUAAUCGAAAAGAUUUAACAUUAAAAGGAACGUUAAACAAGUCGGGAUUUGUUCCCGGUGAAUCGAUUCAGAUUAAAUUAGAAAUUGCAAAUCCUCAAAGACUGUUGAUCAAAAAUAUCAUUUGUUCGAUUUUUCAAAUCUUUCGCAUAGGACCGAUCAAGCGUGAAUCUAAUACCAUUCAGUCAUUAGUGCCAAAUAUCAUGAAUUCGAGAGCAAUGCAGUUCAAUGAAACAUUUUCAAUCGAAAUUCCAGGAAAUAUUACAUUAGCGCCCUCGUACAAAUAUCAAAGUGCAUCACAGCAAGCUGCAAUAGUAGUCAAUGACUAUGUGGUCCGAUUUGCUGUGAAAGUUGAAGGAUUGUUCGAUAAUUUUGAGGUUAAUGUGCCAAUUAUAUUAGGAACAGAUCAGAAUUCUGGUAUUGCCGCUGGGGUUCCAGCUGCAGCAUUGACUAUGAAUGAUGAUGAUGAUGAUUUGCCACCUAGUUAUGAUUCAAUUGUUCACGAUCCUAAGUAUCAAAAGCAAGAGGAGAAAACUGACGAAGAAUCUUUUUUUUGA